AGCAUCAUGCCUGAACCAGCCAAACCCGCGCCCAAGAAGGGCUCUAAGAAGGCCGUCACCAAGACCGCCGUUAAGGGAGGAAAGAAGCGCAGAAAGUCCAGGAAGGAGAGUUACGCCAUCUACGUGUACAAAGUGCUCAAGCAGGUCCACCCCGACACCGGCAUCUCUUCCAAGGCGAUGGGCAUCAUGAACUCUUUCGUCAACGACAUCUUCGAGCGCAUCGCCGGUGAGUCGUCUCGUCUCGCGCACUACAACAAGCGCUCCACCAUCACGUCGAGAGAGAUCCAGACCGCCGUGCGUCUGCUGCUGCCCGGUGAACUCGCCAAACACGCCGUGUCCGAGGGCACCAAAGCCGUCACCAAGUACACCAGCUCCAAACUGAGUGCCGCCUUUUCAUUUUUAAUCUUUGCACAGUUUAAAGCACAUGAUGAUUGACACAACGAGCAAGUAAAUGAAAUUUUCCCGCACGGCAGGGGCCCACUAGUGGUCGCGGAGGCCCCAUGCAGCUGCCUAUAUCGCUUAUUAGGUAGGGCCGGCACUGGAAUCUACACAACACAAACAAUCAUGACACACACUCUUACACUGACUGCACAACAACACAACUGACAGCAGUCACAGUCACAGUGAGGUUGUAUUAAAUGACAAUAGAACAUACAGUAAUGGUGAUAGUGACUUCUACAUCAUUUAAUCAUCAUUCAUCAUCUUCAUUUCACUAUUUAAUAAGUCAAAUAUUCUACCUGUUCACAUCAGUUAAUGCACCAUAAACUAACAUAAAGAAUAAUCCUGACAUUAACUCACAUUGGCAAUGAUACAUACUGCACAUGUAUAUGCUGUAUAUAUAUAUUGAUAAUAGUUAUUUUAUGUAAACAAUGCAUUGAUUAAUCUUAUUAAAGUGUACAAUCUACAUAACAGCUCGUGUCACAUUUCUGUUCUUUGUGUUCACUCUGAAUUUUGCCGAGUUGUUUAUACCUGGAAUGUCUAAAUCAGUUUUUAAUUUAAACUUUGGAACAGUUUUCAUACAGUUUACACCUGCAUCUCUUUAACAUCACAGUAUUACAGAUCUAUAAUCUACACAACUAGUAUAUCAAGGCCAGAUUGGUAGUCCAUACCAAGUCCACACAAGUACAACGAGCGAUGUACAUUUAACAUAACAUUUGACACUAAUGUCAAUAGACAAACAGAUCUCGUCCCCCAUUUACUGCCAUUUUUGGGGGAAAACAUUUCACAAAAGCCUUGAAUUUACAUCGGACGUUUGCGGCACAACUGCAGUUAACGUCCGGUCUGUGUUUGUUUAUCUGUCUGGCUAGUGUCUAACACAGUGAUGU